AUGCAUGGUCCAAAGCUUUCCGACGUUGUUAACCAAGAGUCCAGUAUCACUCCAUUCACCCUAAAAAAUUUCUUUUCACGGGAGUAUCUGGAUACUCCCCUUUACCACAUUCGAGCUCCUUAUCGCAACGAGAGGAUCGUCCUUCCCGAUCCUCCUCCUUCCGCUUCUGACGCUCCUAUGGACAAGAUCAAGCCCCCGAAGAACUUUACCUUAUCUCAGGAGAGCAUGAACGCCGCCUUAGAUGCCUUCCGAGCUGGGCGUUCGAUGGGCGAGGCUACUCAGGAGGUGGCCCAGGUCAUUUCCUCUAGGUCGGCAGGCCGACCUGCUGCCCCAGCUCUAGCCCCUUCACUGGCUUCUAGGCCGAGCUCCAAAGGCCCACACUCGAGGGCUUCCAAGCCUUCCGGUUGCAACAAACCCCGGGCUGCUUCUCGACCUCCUGCAGCUUCCCAGUCCAGACAGUCUUCCGUUCUAACCUCAUCAGAGCUCGCCGUGACCAGGGAACAACGUGGGGUCGUGCUACCUACAGGGGCCGAGGUCACUCUUGCUACCACGGAUGCUCCCCCAAAGAGUGCUGAGGCUGUCCCCACUGAGGGUGUGGUGUCCAGGGAUGGAGGCGCAGUUGCCUUGGCGAGCGAGGUUGCUCCCGCCGUGGAGGAAGAAGCAGGGCCUACUGGUGGGGUCAUUUCAAAAGGCGAGGUCAGGUCCGGAUCAGCCUCUGCUGCUUCUCGUCCUCAGGAGGCUACUGUCGGUGAUGUUGUUGCCCCUAGAGGGGUCGCUAGCAAGCGAGCCCUUCCAUCUGAUGCUCCUGCUGCAGCUCCUGCCCCCAAGAGAGGACAUUACUCAUCAGUCCCCGGCAAACGUUGUCGCAGAGAUACUGAGGGAGCUUCUACUAGAGAGCAAGUAGCGUUCCGAUCUCGGACUCGAGGGGAGCUUGGAGAUAUAAUCAGGGAGAUGCUUCUUAUGGUGACGGGUCUCUUCAUGGAGGUGGAUGCCCGUGACCAGUCUCUCCGAGACUCUGUGGAUCACCGGAUCGAAGAGGCUCGCCUCGAAGAGAAUCUGGCUGCCACCAGUGAUGUCCGGGGUAAUCUUGCGGCGGUCCGGGAGCAUGCGAAGUCCCUAUAG